CGAGGCGGUUAGACUUAUACCACCGCGGCGCGAGAGUGAGACGGCGGCGGCGGCGGCGUGCGCUUUGCGUUCCGGUCAGUCAGCGUAUACCACCGGUGGUAGCGGCGGCUUCGGCGGCGGCGGUUACAGUCGGUGUGUCGUCGUCGUGAACAUUAUACGACGUGCCACUAUAUCAUAUAGCACUGCGUUACCGCGACAGUCUUCGCCAUCACUGCACGCGAUCACAGUAUCACGUCAUCGCUGUAUUAUUUAAUAAUAUUUGCGCGGUGCGUGUUGGUGAACGCGCGUGUCUCGAAAGCAGAGCAGAGACUCGUGUCCGCGACUAAAAAGUCGUCUUCGUCGUUCCCGAGAACUACAGAUCUCGCACGGCGAUGGACCAGGUGGUCGACCUGAACGUCGGUGGCGUGUUCUACACGACGGCCGCGUCCACGCUGGUGCAGGCACAACCGUCGCUGCUGGCCGACCGGUUCAGCGGCCGGCUGGACCCGCUGCCCAAGGACAGCAAGGGCCGGUACUUCAUCGACCGGGACGGCGUGCUGUUCCGGUACGUGUUGGACUUCCUGCGGGACGGCAAGCUGUCGCUGCCCGAGAGCUUCCGGGAGAAGGAGCGGCUCCGGCUGGAGGCGGCCUACUACCGGCUGGACGGCCUUACCGAGCGGCUCCGCGAACAGAGGCCCGGUUACAUCACGGUCGGCUACCGCGGUACGUUCGCCUUCGGCCGGGACGGGCUGUCCGACGUCAACUUCCGCAAGAUUCCCCGGAUAUUGAUAUGCGGCCGCGUGGCCCUGUGCCGCGACGUGUUUGGCGACUCGCUCAACGAGAGCAGGGACCCGGACCACGGCGACACGGACCGGUACACGGCCAGGUUCUUUCUGAAACACACGUCUAUCGAACAGGCGUUCGACAUGCUCCAGGAACAAGGGUUCUACAUGGCCGGAAGUUGUGGAUCGGGCACGGCCGGCGGCACGUCCGCCGCCGAGCUCAAGCCGGGCGUGGACUCGGAGGAAUGCCGCUGGAAUCAUUACAACGAGUUCGUGUUCGUCAGAGAUUCAUGAAUUUCGACCACCGACGCCGUCACCGAGACGAGACGAGAUGACGAGGGUAACGCCCGCCCGCCGUCAUAUCAUUCAUAAUUUAUGACAUCUCAGACCAAACAUAUUAUUAUUAUUAUUAUUAUUAUUAUUAUAAUACUAUUUUGUAGAUAAUAUGAUUAUCAUUAUUAUUAUUCUAUUUUCGUUUUCCGUUUACGUUUCUACGGUUUUUUUUUUCAUUCCUUUAAUUAUUAUAUAUUAUUAUUAAUAUACGUAACGUUUAUAUAUAUAUAUUUAUAUAUAAAUUAUAAAGAUAAUUAGUGAUUAUACCAUUUAUAAUAUAUCAUUAUUGUUUUAAAUGUUAUUAAAUUAUUAACAUAUUACUAGGGUCUAGACAUAGGAAUAUUACGUUCGAAUAAUAUAAUAUAUAUAAAUAUAUAUAUAUAAUUAUCAUAUAAUAAUUAAUAAACCUAACCCUCUCCCCAAGCCCCCGAAAAAAAACUUAUCAUUAAAACACCAUAAUUUUAUAAAAUUAAAUUUUAAAUUUUGGCCUAAUUUUAUUAAUCGUACGUAAUACCUUUUGAAUAAUAAUAUAACUCGUAAUAUUACUAUUAUAUUUUAGGACCAAUUUGAUUAUAUCCCUAUUUUGUGCCGCAUAAUAAAUCGGUUUAUCGUGGUUAUACAAUUAUAAUAUAAUAUAUAUUUGUAUUGUUUUUUUUUUUUUUUUCUAGAAAAUGGUAGACAUUUAUUAUAUAGAUAUUAUAUACAUUAAACAUAUUCCAUCGUGUUACGAAAUGAUAUAAUAUGGUGUUGUAAAUUUCAUUACAUUUAUAUAUUAUUAUAAUAUUAUAAUAUAGUUGCUCUAAAAUAUUAUAUAUUAUACACAUAUAAGGUAUAUACUCGUUAUUAAAUUAUUAUCAUAUAAUUAAUAUAUAAUAUUAUAAUAAUAUACUAUAUAAUAUUA